AUGGCGGAUUAUUUUGGCGAAGACCCGAAAUACAACGACGAUAUUUUUCGGCAUAGGUUCCUUAUGUCGAAACGUUUGUUUCUAAAAAUUGUGAGCGACGUGGAAGAGAAUGACUCAUGGUUUCAAGAGGCCCUCGAUGCACGAGGUAGGAAGGGCUUUAUGCCGUUGCAAAAGGUGACAUCGGCUAUUAAACAACUCGUAACUAGUAACACUCCAGACGAGAACGACGAGUACUUGCAUAUGGCCGAUAGAACUUCCCGCGAGUGCCUAGAAUAUUUUUGCGACACGGUUUGCAAAAUAUACGUUCCUGAGUUCUUACGUAGACCAACAAGCCACGGCAUGGAACUUUUAUACGAAGCUCAUGAGGAAAAACAUCACAUUCCAGGAAGGCUUAAACCUAGCGGAUUUCGUACUGGACUACCCUGCUGGAACGACAUAGUCACCACAUGGGCCAACUCGCGGACCCAUAGGUGGGGCUCGCAACACCUAAAUAGAUUUAUCACUCAUGCCCCACGGUCUUCAUACGAAGAUUAA